AUGCCAGCGUCGAAAGCAGGUAGCCAAGAUGAUCUGUUUCGAUAUACCUCCGGCCGAUGGCUGAUCAACGAGAAAGACCAACUUCAGCAACGUUUUGUGAAGUUUGAUGUCGAGAGCCUCUGUUAUCAAGCUUCCUCUCUGUUCAGCCAUGCGACGAAAUGCGUGCGCAUUGUCAAGUUGGAAGGAAACUUUAACAAAGCUUUCCUGCUCACAAUGGACGACGGCAACGAGGUUAUUGCAAAGAUUCCUUGUCCGAAUGCGGGGACGCCCUCCCUGACGACGGCGUCCGAGGUGGCCACGUUGAGCUUUUUGCGCUCGUAUACUUCAAUCCGGGUUCCGGAAGUGUUAGCUUGGAGUUCUGACCCAGCCAAUCCAGUAGGCGCUGAGUAUAUCAUCAUGGAGAAGAUUCCAGGAGUUCCGCUCGCCGAAAAAUGGGAAACAAUGAAGACUUUGGAGCGCUACAAAGUCAUCGACCGAAUUGUUGGAAUGGAGAAAGAGCUUGAGAGCCUGCAGUUCCCGGCCUAUGGGAGUCUCUUUCUACGGGAAUCCGUGCCGUCUGAAUAUCGCCAUUACGCGCUGUCCCCAGCUUUGGAUCCUGCCGAAUUGUUCUGUGUUGGGCCUUCAUGUGAUCGGCCAAUGUGGCAUGAAUGCCUUGCUGAUGAGUCCACAGCUGUGCAGGAUGUCGGCCCAUGGCCCUCCCUUUCGGAUUUUGCGCUAUCAAUUCCACAACGAGAACUAAAGGCCAUUGCAAAUGAGCAAGCUGAGGUACAGCAUCAUCUCAAUCAAUUUAGCGAGAGGCAGUCCGUCAACGAACACCGCGACCUUCUACAAAAGGCGAAGCAUAUUCUUCCUAUUCUGUCGCAUCAUCCACGUGUGGUAGAAGUGGCGGGACCAGUCCUAUGGCAUACUGACUUGCAUUUGGGAAAUAUUUUCGUUUCCCCUGACGACCCAACCACCAUCGAAGGAAUAAUUGACUGGCAGUCGGCUCAGAUUGCUCCCCUGUUCAUACAGGCUCGAUUCCCGGAGUUUCUGAGGCCGCCAAAGGAUUACAACACUGGCGCCGAAAUCCCCAGUUUGCCGGACAACUUUGAGGAAUUAAAUCCCGAGCAGAAAGACCGAGCUAUUAAGGACAAGGUACUGGCCACCCAGUCUAAAUACUAUGAAAUGUCUUGCCUUGCAUACAACAAGCGCGUUCACGAGGCAAUGAAGCUUGGCCGCAGUCUAUGGGAGCCUUUUACGUGUUGCCAGCUUUUCUUGAACGGCAGUAUGGUUCCACUGCGAAACUCUCUGGUACGCAUUUCACAGGACUGGGGGUGUUUGGGACUUCCAGGGAGCUGUCCCUUUGUGUUUUCUGAAAAGGUGUUAGACAUGCACAAUGAAGAGGUAGUGAAGUAUCAGGACAUGCUUUAUUUGCGCGACAUUGUGAAGGCCCAGCUCUGCACUGAUGACACGGGUUGGAUCCCAAUGGAACGAUGGGAGAAGACAAACGAGAUGAAUCAAUAUCUCUUCGAUAUGUAUGUCGAGACCAUGAGUCAGGAGCUACCACCAGAUGCAGCCGCGAAGACAUGGCCCUUUCCGCCUAAAGGCUCUUGCGUUUGA